UUCUCGUACAUUUCGCCCAAUCCUUGGUUACUCUUCUCCUUUUGUCGCCAAUAAAAUUUUGGUGAUACUGGGAAAUGUUAUCAAUCAAAAGCCCUAACCCUAGCUCCGCCUUGGGGCCAUUGAAGAGACUGAGCACUUGUGCUUUUGCUUCUCCAAUGGCACUCUGUUUGCCGCCUUCCUUACGACUCAGACCGCCUUCUAACAGAGUCUCUCUCGCCGCUCCCAAUCAAUUCGCAGUCGGUUUUCGCUCAUUCCAUUUACGACUUCCCUUAAAACAAUCCGUCGUCGCUUUUGCAGCUUCCCACGAGGAAUCAAAGCAUUCAGAACUAGAAGUAGAGACAGAAAAGGAUGGAGUGAGGAGCGAAGAAGAAUCAAAUGAAGCAUGGAAGCAGGCUUUAGAGGCAUUCAAAGAACAAGCUUUGAAGAUGCAACACGUAUCCAUGGAAGCUUACGAAAUUCACUCCAAGAAAGCUUUGAUCACUCUGAAAGAAACUUCGGAGCAGCUCAAGAUUCAAGCCGAAAAUGCCAGAAACGAUUUGACUGAAAUAGUCAAAGAAAUGGGUGAAGAAAGCAAAGAGUACCUCUCAACGGCAGCCGAGAAUUCCCCUCCCGAGGUCAAAGAAAUGGUCGAAACAUUCUCUUCCUCCACCGACGACUUCAACGACGUUUCCAAAGUUCUCGACUUUCACGUUGGAAUACCUUACGGUUUUUUUCUUUCAGUUGGGGGAUUCCUUUCUUUCAUGGUAACGGGAAGCAUACCUGCCAUUAGGUUUGGUAUCAUUCUAGGUGGAGCUCUUUUGGCAUCAAGUGUAUUAAGCUUAAAAUCAUAUCAAAGAGGAGAGUCUUCUCCUCUUGCCACCAAAGGACAAGCAGUGAUAUCAUCUAUAUUAUUCUUGAGGGAGUUGAUCUUGCUGGUUCGGAGAUCAAAUCUGUGUACCUUUCUCACAACCUUAAUCAGCGGUGCGGUGGUGGCAUUUUAUAUUUUUAAGCUUAUAUCAAAGGACAAACCACGCAUGGAACCUGGGACUGAAAAUUGAUUUGCUAUUUUGAGCGUAGGUUCUCAUUCUCUAAGUACACUUGAUAUGUUUCGGGAGAACUACUCUGUGUGAGGCAUCCUUCCUCUCCAUGCACCCACCCAACCUCUGUUUCUGUGAAUAGAUGUCAAAUCUCUCUCAGGAAG